AUGGACGUAUGUUACUGUACACUCCACGUAACCCGUACUGUGCCAUGCACUGAGGAAUCGGGCGGAAUUACCUCGUGGACCUGCGAGGCAGUGUGUCAACACUUAUUAGGUUGCGGUGCCCACACGUGUACCGCCCAUUGCCACCCUCCACCCUGUCCCAAGUGCCCCCUGCUGCCUGAGACCACCACCACUUGCCCUUGUGGCAAGACCAGACUUGAUAAAGGUGCGCGUAAGGCGUGCACAGAUCCGAUUCCCCUGUGCGGCAACAUUUGCGCCAAGCCUCUGCCGUGCGGUCCGGCCAGUGACCGCCAUUUCUGCAAACUCAACUGUCAUGAAGGCAAGUGUCCCGUGUGUCCCGAAAAGACAGUGGUGCAAUGUCGUUGCGGGCAUUCGAGCCGCGAGGUGCCCUGCGCUAAGUUACCGGAUCUGUUAAACAACGUGCUUUGCCAAAAGAAAUGUAACAAGAAACUGUCGUGCGGCCGUCACAAGUGCCGCGACGUGUGCUGCGCAAGCUCAACGCACCGCUGCGGCGUAGUGUGUGGCCGCACGCUUUCCUGCCAGCUACAUCGCUGCGAAGAGUUCUGCCACACCGGGCAUUGUGCACCUUGCCCGCAACUUAGUUUCGAAGAACUGACAUGCGAAUGUGGCGCCGAAGUGAUUCUUCCCCCCGUCCGAUGCGGGACCAAGCCCCCCGCGUGCAACGCCCCGUGCCAGCGCACACGGCCCUGUGGGCAUCCUCCGCAUCAUUCCUGCCAUUCGGGAGACUGUCCCCCUUGCGUAGUGCUUACUACUAAAAUGUGUCAUGGGCAACAUGAGGAGCGCAAGACAAUACCGUGUUCUCAAGAGGAGUUUUCAUGCGGGCUACCAUGCGGCAAGCCACUGCCUUGUGGCAAACACACCUGCAUCAAGACCUGUCAUAAGGGACCUUGUGACACCGGCAAGUGCACGCAACCGUGCAACGAGAAGCGUCCCAGCUGCGGGCACCCGUGCGCAGCGGCGUGCCACCUGGGCACAGCCAGCAGCUGCCCCAGCACAGCGCCUUGUCGCAGACUCGUCCGCGCCACGUGUCCUUGUGGGCGACGCAGCGCCGACCGCGCUUGCGCUGAUAACGCUAGAGAUCUCGCCAGAAUAAUGUCUGCGCUAGCAGCUACCAAUAUCCAAGAAGGUGGUUCCGUUGAUCUGUCGGACGUGCAACGCCCGGGAGCUAUGCUCAAAACACUGGAGUGCGACGACGAAUGCCGCAUAGAAGCACGAAACCGUCAAUUAGCUCUAGCACUACAAAUACGAAACCCAGACGUGUCCGCAAAACUGGCGCCGCGAUACAGCGAACACGUGCGCGCAAUCGCCACUAAAGAACCUUCCUUCGCUCAGCAAGUCCACGACAAGCUGACUGAACUUGUACAGCUGGCUAAAAAGUCGAAACAAAAGACGCGUUCGCACUCGUUCCCUUCGAUGAACUGGCAGAAGCGGCAGUUCAUUCACGAGUUGUGCGAGCAGUUCGGCUGCGAGAGCGUCGCCUACGACGCUGAGCCUAAUAGGAACGUUGUCGCCACAGCUGAUAGAGAGAAGUCGUGGCUGCCGGCCAUGAGCGUGCUGGAGGUGCUGGGCCGCGAGGCGGGCAAGCGCCGCGUGCCGCCGCCCGUGUUGCGCGCCCUGCCUGCGCAGGCGCAGACCAGCGCCAAAUCGUCUGGCGGCUGGGCGACGCUAACGUCCACAAACGCGUGGGCGGCGCGCAGCAACAAGCCUACAUCCACAGCGACACCGGCGCCGGCGCAGCCCGAAAAGAUCGAUUACUUCGACAACCCACCCGACAACUAACGGUAUUGAUUUAACGGAAACAUUGUAUGGAUUGCUCCAGAAACUAGAUAAUUAUUUGUAUCCUUCGGAGAGAGUUCGCUCAACAACUAGAUAAUUAUCCAAUUAAUUGUAUUCUACAAAGAUAUUGGUUUAGGUGAUUCAACAAGUAGAUUAUUAAACAAUUACUUAUUGUGUUCUAUGAAAUCUUUGGAUCAACUGACAUAACGACCACAUAAUUGUGUCCUACUGAAAUUGGACCAGUUGACUAUGGGAGUCACCAAAGUUAUUAACGCGAACGCAAUUCGUGUUGAUGCGAUAAUUAAUUGUCGCAUUAAGCCGAUUUGCCGUUAAAGCGGCCGUUCGCGUGCCGUCGCGCUAAAUGUUCCUAAAUAAGGCCCUGUACUCUCGUUCUACGUCGGACAUCUGUCCGAAACAAUUACUGUCAAAUAAGUACUUCAUACUUGAAUUCAUCUUUUAAUUUGAUCGAAUUCAAUUGUGGUCAAAUUUUUCAUUGGCCGAUUGUAAUAUCGCAACCCUCAUGGAAGAAUGGCAUAAGUGGAGUUGCGUCAAACAUUGCUCCAUUAGAUACAGGAAAAUAUAACCCACAUGCUCUCCAAUUCUCGUAACUCUAUCUACAAUAAUACUCGAUAGAAUAUUUGUGGGUAUUUCUGUAUCUAAUAGAGUAGUAGUGCGAUAUAAUUAAUAACUUUAAAUUUAUUUUCGAAACUUAACAAAAAACAUUUUAACACUGACAAUUACUUUAAAAGUUUAAUCGAGUUUCGGACGGAUGUUGGACGGAGAACGAGAUUAGUCCCCAGGAUCAGUCGUCGUCGGCAUGCGUACUGUUAGACCGGAAAUUCGCAGGAAGCCGAUUCGUUGCCGACCUGUGGCGAGCCGCGUUCGUACGAACCGAUGCGAAACGCACGUCUUUUUUCGCUUUUACGUUCCUGGACAUAAAGCUUUUUGUGAUCGGGUUAAUGCGAUUCUGCAUUAAUAAGUGUCAUGACUCCCUAAAGGCUUAUAUUAAUAUUACCGUAAUGUAAAAACAUUGCUUCGAUUGGAAUUUGAAUUCUAUACUUAAUUAUGAAGAACGGUGAUGUACAGACGAUGUCUAAAGAUACCAGACCCCUUAGCCGACCUUUUGAUUCUGGAGCCUUAUGCAUUCAACAGAAAAAUGUAAAGGAAUUCCAGAUUUUUGGUGGAAAUUUGUAUUUAUGUUAUAGAAUUAAAGAAUAUUGCCUUUAAGAAAUUCUUAAAAUAUCAUUCACUACGGU